GAGGUCGAGGACACGACCCCGACUCGGUGCUCGACCAGUUUCAGGCUCUUGGUGGUUUCCGGACGUUUCCGGGGCCUUGGGCUCCUCCAGAGACACAGGCUGGUUAAUGAGGCGCUGGGGGAGGAGCUGAACUCGAUCCACGCCCUGGAGCAAAGGACCUUGACCCCGGAGCAGUGGGAGGAGGAGAAGCUGAAACGGGCCUGA